AUGAAUAAACAAAUCUAUCUAUCUAUCUAUCUAUCUACUUACUUCAAGGGUUCUCAACCGGGGUCCACGUGGACCCUUGGACUCCAUAUACGACAACCAAGUUACUUCCUGAUUUCUUCUGUUUCUCUUUCAAUUUUUUUUUCUUUUGCUGACUCAUUAUCUUUCCGCUUUUCUUUUUUUUUCUUUUUCCUUUUUUCUUAUACUGUUCUUUCUUCGCGUCUUUAUUUUGUUCUCAUCGAUCGGAUUCUACAACUUCAAUAUUUUUUUUUCUUUUUUUCUUCAUCUCGUUUUUUUUCUCUCUCUCGCGUUUCUUAUUAUUUUUCUCUUUUUACAUUUUUUCCAAUUUUUUACUCAUUCUUCUCUCUGUCGUUAUUCGAUAAUAUCUCACCUGCUUUUUCUUCGCUUCCAUUUCAGUCUAAGCUUUCUUUAUUUGUUUUGAUUUCACUUAUCCACACUCUUAUCUGUCAUCAUUUUCCUUUCUUUCUUUCUUUCUUUGCGACAUUAAAGACAGUUAAGAUUUCGUUAAAACUGAACAAUCAUUUCUUGCUUUCUUCAUUUUUUUAUUUAUCUAUUUCUAUUUGUAUUUCUUUAUUUCCUUUAUUUCUUUCUUUCAGUUUUGAUUUCACUUUUCAACACUCUUAUCUGACAUCUUUGUUUCUUUCUUUGUUUCUUUCAUUCUUUCUUUCUUUCUUUCAAUCCAUUCUUUUUUCUUUCUUUCUUUCUUUCUUUUUUUCUUUCUUUUUUUCCAUUCUUUUUAUUUCUGUCUUUCUUAAUUUUCCAUUCUUUUUUCUUUUUCUUUCUUUCCAUUCUUUUCUUUCUUUCUUUCUUUCUUUCUUUCUUUCUUUCUUUCCAUUCUUUCUUUCUUUCUUUCUUUCUUUCUUUCUUUCUUUCUUUCCAUUCUUUUUUAUCUUUCUGUCUUGA